AUGGCAAUAAGAAUCUUAACCUCAGUUCAAGACGAUUUUGGUUACUAUAACAACCUGGCUUUUUUACAAAGAGGUCUACAAGAAGGUCGUAUUCAAUUCCAAGGUUUCGUUAAAAAUUAUACACCUAACGCGAUCGUCUACGACGACAAAGGCCGCCUGUACGACUUUACACGCUCAGCCCAGCAUGAUAUAAGAGAAGAUAUGACCACUUAUCUCAGUGGUGUACUGCCGGGACUUACAAUGGCAGAUCUUGCACAGAUUCGGGGAGCGUUUGACUGCCUCUUCAACUACUAUUCAUACAAAGGCUUCUUGGACCAAGUUGGCCAACAGCGAGCCGAGUCGAUGAAAAUGCUGAUCUUUAACGCAGCCCAACAGUACGUGGCGCAUGUUUACUUCAACGUUAUUUCUCGUAAAACCGGGCCAGUGCAGUUCACCGUCACUGCCGCUUCCCUCACUUGCCAACGCUAUACGUACUUUCAGUUACAGGACAUAAACUUUGCAGCUGUUCUUCAGGCGCUACAAAACAUGCAUGUGUGA